UUUUUUGGUGGGAGUUUAAAUUAUUUUGUUGAAUAGCGCCCAUCGACUCAUUCACCCAUGUUAGGAGUACAUUCAAGGUCGUGUAACGUUUGUCGUUGUGUUCCGAAAUGGCAGUAUCAAAAACUAUUGAGCAGGCUUUUCCAGGUCACAAACGAACCAGUUCUGUUGCAUAAUCCUGGUAGUACGGAACGUCAGAGGUUGGAUAGUACGUUGGAUACUAUGAUUUCAAACGGGCCUUAUCAUGUGCCUAUAUGCAUUGAUUCAAACGAGUUAUCAUCCGGACAACCUCGAAGGCAGAUUUUGCCAUUUGAGCAUUCGAAAACAUUGGCCAAUUUUUAUCAUGCCUCAGGAGAGCAAAUCAAAAGUGCAAUUGAGUCUUGUUUAAUAGCUCGCAAAACGUGGUCACGUACAAGUUUUGAUGAACGCGCUAAGGUAUUCUUAAAAGCAGCGGACCUUGUUAGUGAUAAAUAUCGCAUGGAAUUGUUGGCAUCAACUAUACUCGGUCAAGUGAGAUCAUAUACUUUCUAUUUUAAGCUAUUCCCACUUUAAGGCAAAAACAAUUUUUCAGGCUGAGAUGGACGCGGCUGCAGAAUUAGCAGAUUUCUUGCGUUUUAAUGUGCAAUUUGCCUCAGAAGCUCUGCGAUAUAAACCAAUCAAUACCCAGGAUGCAAAGAAUAAAGUAGUUUACCGAGCAAAUGAAGGGUUUUGGGCUGCUAUAUCACCAUUUAAUUUUACCGCUAUUGCGGGGAACCUAGCAAGUGCCCCAGCUUUAAUGGGGAAUGUUGUGAUUUGGAAACCCUCUGAUGCAUCCGUAUAUUCUAAUUACCUUGUUUACAGGUUAUUCCGCGAAGCAGGUUUACCCCCUGGCGUAAUCAACUUUGUCCCAGCAGAUGGCCCAACAUUUGGUAAAGUAAUUUGUGAGCACCCUCAACUUGCUGGUAUCAACUUCACUGGAAGCACGAAAACCUUUCGUACUAUAUUGAAAGUGAUUGGCGACAAUGUUGAUAAGUAUCGUGGUUAUCCAAGAACUAUAGGUGAAUGUGGCGGCAAAAAUUAUCAUUUUAUACAUCCAUCUGCAAAUUUGGAAGAAGCUGCUCUAGGCACUAUCCGAAGUUCAUUUGAAUAUUCUGGUCAAAAAUGUAGCGCAUGUAGUCGACUUUAUGUACCAGAAAAUUUAUGGCCAAAAUUCAAACAACUUUUACUUGGUCAUUAUGAACAAUUGAAAAUUGGAUCACCACUCGAUUCAGAUACAUUUACAUCGGCAGUUAUUGAUCAUACUGCAUUCAAUAAAAUCUCUGGCUAUCUACAAUAUGCAUCCAGUUGUCCAGAUAUUGAAGUUGUCGCCGGUGGUCAAAGAGAUGAUAGCGUUGGUUACUUUAUUCAACCUACAAUUUUGAUUACUAAUAAUCCAACAGAUAAGUUAAUGAAGGAUGACAUUUUUGGACCAAUUUUAUGCACAUAUUUAUAUCGUGAAAAUGAAAUUGAGAAAACUUUAGAUUUGGUUGAUUCAACUACGGAUUAUGCAUUAACUGGUUCCAUCUUUGCUCAGGAUGAAGAGUUUAUUAAGUAUGCCACUGAUCGCCUUAUCGAUACAACUGGUAAUUUUUACAUAAAUGUUCAAUCCACUGGAUCUGUAGUUGGUCAACAACCAUUUGGCGGAGCUAGAUUAUCAGGUACAAAUGAUAAGGCCGGUGGACCUCAAUACACGUUAAGAUUCACUUCUCCACUUUCGAUUAAAACACAAAUCAAGCCUAUUCCGUCAUGGAAACAAGCACAUAUGAUUGACUAAGUCGUUUGACUCGCUUUUACUAUUUGAAAAUUACUCAUUGCAUACGUAUAAGGUCUAAUGGUUAAACCAUCCUCGUAAUUAUUAUUUCAACAAAAUGUUUGUACUCUUUUUUAAUCUUACAUUUAAUAAAUUUUAGACUUUUUGA